ACUUUUAGGCAGUGCUGUCAGCCGUUCCGUCAAAAGUGUUGCAAAAGGCCCGUCGCUGGCUGCCGUAAAAAUUUCAAGGAAUUUCAUUUCUACAAUUUACUGCAAUGUGCUAGUAAGCCGGACCGGAGAAAUCGAUCAAUUCUGCGAAAGGGAAGCCAGAACUUCGCCAAAGCAACCGAACAGUGCGUGCGUGUGACGAGACAACAAAAGUGCAGCCACAAGCACAGGUGUAUCCAGCGGAUCAACGUGCUCCAAAGUCAAAAAAUCCUCAGUUACAAAAAAUUCACUGAAAUAUUUUAGUAAUUUUAAGAAAUAUUUUACGUGUGUCCUGAACGUGAUCCUCAACCGAGUCCUGAUCGCAUCCUCAAACAGCUGUGCUGUUCUACACACAUGCGCGUGUGUGUGUGAGACGCGGUGUAAAUGCGUGUGAGUGUGAGUUUCGAGAGUGUUAGUGCUAGAAGGCGCUAGAUGGCGCUGCUCCCCCAGCUGUCGCCUCCGACCAGUGUUGUUAUUGUUGGUGGUAGUGUCCCUCCUCCGCGCGCUGGAGCCAGAGGCCAGUUGUAGUCGUCCACCCACCACCCAGCACCUAGCAAGCCAGCUGGCAAGGGCAGGCAGAUAAAUUAAUAAAUCUACAGAAUCUACUCCCACUCCCCCCCUGCCGCCUGCCGCCAGAAAGGCAACAAAUAACAGUUUCGCGUUACCCGCGUCGUCGCCGUCGUCGUCGUCGGUUCAUAUUGCGUCGCGUCGCGUCGAGAUCGGGAUCGGAAUCGGGACCGGGAACAGUGUAGCACGGAUUAGAUCGAAUCAGUUGGCACCUGACAUCGCAGCGUGAGCCCAACCGCUAUUAUGCAUCGUCGUCGUCGGUCGGCCAGUGCAGAGAUCGCAUUCGAAUUGGCGGUAGCCGGCGUGGUAGCCGACCAGCAGAAACUGACAGAAAACUAGCCCGCUAACCGAGAGUUAAACCAGACAAGAAACUAAACGAAAAUUAAGCCAAAACCAACAAAAACUAACGACCCAAAGGGUACUCUUUUCUCGUGGCACAAAUAAUCCAAGAACCGUCAGCAAUCCUGGAUUAUUUGCUGAAGACUUUGCGCACGCUGAAGUCCAAUUCGAUUAUGGCCGAGAAUCAAAGCGCGGUCAGCGAAGAUUCCGGUCACCAACAGCAGCAGCAGCAGCAGCACCACCAGCAUCAACAACAGCAACCAGCCACCAGCACCACAUCAGUCACCGCAGCAGCCUCAUCGGCCUCGAUAGCUAAUCAGUCGCCCACCAACUCGCAGGCCUCGUCGCCGGAAAACUCCCAGGAAGCCUUGCCCCUCGUGCGCCGCCAGCAAUCAGCAGCAGUGGUGGUCGGCCCCUCCGCCGCCACGACCAGCAAUCAGCCACAGCAGCAGCAGCAGCCGCAGCAGCAGCAGAGGAGCAGUCUCGGCAACAUGUUCGAUCGCACGGUCAACGCCAAGUUCAAGCCGGCGGCCGCCAACGCCGGUCCCGGCAACAAUCCGGGCCGCCGGAACUCCAUGCUGACCCCGGCGAGGGGCGUCAGCGUGGGCGGCACCGCCGGCAACAUCCGCAAGCUGACCAAGGUCAACUCGCUGACCAGCAACUACCAUAUUCCCAUGACAGGGUUCUACUCGCCGGGCAACAACGCGUACCAGCCCAGCACCAACACCAACAGCAACAGCGCCGGGAGCAACCCCGCCCUCCAGCGCACCACCAGCGAGAGCCUGAGGCUGAACUCCCUGAGUCGGGUGGCGGCGGCGGCGGCGUCGUCAGCUACGACCCCGGCCUCGGUCUCCAGGACCAGCAGCAACUCGAGCCUGGCCACGUCCACCUCCACCUCGCUGGCCCCCAAGUCCACCACCACCAACAGCAGCAGCAGCGGCCACAGCACCCCCCAGCAGCAGCCCAUCCCGGGGAGCAACAGCAGCAGCAGCGGCAGCAGCACCUCCAACACCAACAGCAGUGCCACCAACAACAGCAAGGCCAGCUCCCCCAACAACAACGGGGCCCGCUCAAUGGGAGGCGCCGCAGUGGCUGUCCCAGCCCCGGUCCCUGGCCCCGGCCCCGGCCCAGGUCCAGCCCCCCACCACCAACCACAUCACCACCAUCAUCACCAUCACCACCACCAGCAUCACCAGCACCACCACCACCAGCAACCGCAGCAGACUAGCCACAGCCAGGGCCACGCCUCCUCGCUGACAGUGGGCGGGGGAUCAGGCGCGGCCGGGGGCUCCUCGGCCGGCGGCGGUGGCGCCAAUCGCAAACCAAAGACGACUUCCUCGUUCGAGAUCACCUCGGUGACGGUGGGUCACCCCAAGCUGAACGCCGCCGGGGACACCGGGGACGAGUCGGCCGACGACCUGGACGAAUCUCACACGGACGACAACAGCCGGAUCACGGACCUGGAGAACGAGACGCCCUCGAUGUCGGAGGACACGUUCUCCAAGGAGGAGGUCUACUACGCGAACAACGCCCUCAGCACGAACGCCCCGGUGAUACCGACCAGCUCGCAGUACGGCCUGGUGGUGGUGGACCCGAUAGGGCCGUCGCUGGGGCAGACCAUCCAGAACGUGCAGGUCAAUGUGUCGGACAACAUCAUCAACGUGGUGAGCGCCGCGGUGACGCCCGGGGGCACCAAGAAGAAGGACGACAUCAAGGAGACGCAGCACCGCAGCGAGCGGUUCAAGGUGGUCAAGAUCGAGUCGACGGAGCCGUUCAAGCGCGGUCGCUGGAUGUGCAUGGACUACCUGGACCACUCGAGCGUCGGCAACGGGGGCAACAACAACGAAAAGACUGGCUCUUCUUCCGAGGCGCACGCCGCCACCGACGGCGGGGCGGCCGGGGGCGCGGAGGCGGUGCCCCAGAAGACCACCCAGAGCAUGAUCCUGCCGCCCACCCAGAAGCUCAACGAGAACCACCUGGAGGCCAACUCGACCGACUCCAACUGGAACUACGCCGAGCAGCAGCAGCAGCAGGCGGCCCAGGGCCAGCAGCAGGCCGCGCAGCAAUCUCAGCAGCAGUCGUCGCAGCAGCCGCAGCUGAGCGCCACGCCCAGCGGCGUCAUGACCGCCCCGGCCACGGUGGUCCACGGGAUGCACCAGCUGCACAUCGAGGCCCAGGCCCAGCAGCAGCAGCAGCUCUUCGACAGCGUCAACGCCAACGCCGGCUCCCCGAACCCCCCGGGCGACCCCAACAACAUGGACUACGCCCGCAACGCGGCCAUGCAGCUGCAGCAGACCUUGCAGCAGCUGAAGCAGCGCGAGGAGGCCAUGGACGUGCCUCCGGGCGGCUACUCUGGCUACCAGAACGGCGGCGACGUCCUGCCCGCCAGCGGCAGCAACAACAACAACGGCAGCAGCAGCGCCGCCGCCAACCCUGCCGGCGAGUCGCAGCUCAGCACCAGCUACGUGGAGCAGCAGCAGCAGCAGCCGCUGUCGCCGGCCCCGCAGACCCCCCAAGCGACGCCCACCUUCGCAGCCGUGGCUGCCGGGCAGGCGCCCAACUUCCAGCUGGAGCAGCAGCCGCAGGCCACAUCCCAGAUCGAUGGGAUCGCCACCCAGCCGUUCAACCCCCAGCAGCAGCAGACUCCGCAGCGAACGACGCCACACCAAGCCCCACCGGCAGCCGUGCCGGCAGCAGUGGCCAGUGUGGCAGGAGCCACUCCGGCGGCAGCGGCCGCCCCUCCACAGCAACAGACUUCGAACACUUCCAACACAGCAGUGACCACCCAGGGCCAGACCCUGCCGCUGCUCUCGCACAUGACCAGCUACGAGCAGCCCCAGGCAGGAGUGGGCGCAGCGCCAGCAGCAGUCUCAGGAGCAGGGGCAGGGCCAGGAGUUGCUGCAACAGGAGCCACCAUUCCCACGUUGCAGCUGCAGAGCGCUCCGGCCACGAUUGCCGAUCCCCAGCAGUUGAUGGUGCCACCGCAGCAGCAGCAGCAGCAGCCAUCGGAGGAGCCACAGAUUCCACCAACAAAUAUCGCGAGUGCCAGUGCCAAUAACAGUACCAUAAACCUAACCAAUCCGAGUGUGGCGCCCGGCGCCGAGGGCAGCGCGCCCUUGACCGACGAACAAGCGGCCGCAGCCGCCACAGCAGUUGCCACGGCCGGAGCUGCCAGUGCAACGGCCACUGGAGCCACUGCAGCGUCUACACAGCAACAGAUCCAGCAGCUACAGCAGCAACCAAAUGCAGAAUCCGAGACUGAAAGUGCAUCUGGAACAAGUGCAGUUGCGAUUGACAACAAAAUCGAGCAGGCAAUGGAUCUGGUCAAGUCGCAUCUCAUGAUCGCCGUGCGCGAGGAGGUGGAAGUCCUGAAGGAACGCAUCUCCGAGCUGAUGGACAAGAUCAACAAGCUGGAGCUGGAGAACAACAUCCUCAAGUCGAACAUCCCCCAGGAGACGCUGCAGCAGCUGCAGAUGCAGCUCCAGAUCGCCGGCAGCCAGCAGCCGGCAGCGGUGGCCGCUCCCCCGGCCACCCCAGCCAUACAGGCGCCCCCCAGCGCCACAGCUGCCGCGGGCCAGGCAGUGACGGCCGCCGGAGCGGGACCGGCCACCAGCCCGGCCUCCGCGGUGGCGCCCACGAGCAUUCCCAACGGCAGCGCCGAGAAUGGCGGUGCAGUGAGCAGCGGCAACGGCGAUGCUGUGACGGCAGUGGAGCAGCAGGUGGCACCGGCGGCCAUAGUAGCAGCGGCGGCGGCGGCAGCGGUAACAGCUCCCACAUCCAACGGUCCCAUGUCCUAAGCAGCAGGACCAGCUACAGUGUUUGUUUUUUGUGCCCACUCCGCCAGCAGGAUUGUGGGGAAAAUGAACGUUUAAGAAUGAAAACCGUAAUGUUAACUCAGCUUUGUCUCUUUCUAACCGAGUGUGUGAGGGAGACGGAGCCGAGCAGAGCAGAGCAGAGCCAAGCAGCAAAGUAUUAGGCCACAUAGACAACAACACCAACAGCCAGGAGCGGCAGGAUCUUCUGCUGCCGGGGCCUGUGGUGUUGUUGCUGGCUGUGAGAGCUGCUGCAGCCGCCGUUUUGUUAAUUUCUCGAUUGUGAUAUUUGUUUAGCACAUACACACAUACACACACCUGUAUACCUGUACACCUGUACGCCUACAGACUUACACCAGCACUCCUGGAAACACCCACACCCUCAUACAAACACACACAUAGACUGCACGCUAACAGCGACUGCGGCUGGCGCUGUUAACAGGCGAUUAGUAGGAGUCCUUUUAGGAGGCGCUGCUGCGCUCCCCAAGCUUUUGUUUUUGAAGAUUUUUAGUUUUUUUUUUAGUUUUGUUUAUCCGUUUGUUUAAUUGCUGUUAACGCUAUGAAAUAAAAAAAGAUAUAAGAAAGCAACACCACACCCACACUAACUAUGUAAUGGCCUCAAGGCGAUACUUGAUCAAGUAGAGUUUUGGCCAGAAAGGAUAAAAACAAGCAGCAGAGAGAGAGGAAUCAAUAACGUGUAAUAGAGUGCAUUGGAAAACAGAUAGAGAAUGAUAAAACACAGACAGACCGACAGAGAGAGGAGGGAAAUAAAAGAAAAUAUGUGAUAAUUUGCAUUGUGCAGUCAGAGACAUAAGAUGUAAAUUGUAAAAAAGCAAAAGCAACAAAGAAGAGGAGGAGGAGACGGACAGGAAUGUAAAAUUCAAAUUCCCAAACAUGUUUAAUCUUGAUCGAUAACAAAUACAAAUAAUACACUAUAUGAGAAGCCAGCUGCUAUUUUUAUAAUUUACAUUUAAAUUCUACUUUUAAUGUAAAAAACAAAACAAA